AUGAAAACAUCUCAUGUAUGCGGUUCGACAUUAGUACAAACUAUCAAUGCUCCAUUACCUCUAGUAUGGUCAGUCCUACGACGUUUUGAUAACCCGAAAACAUAUAAACAAUUCGUGAGAACGUGCGCUCUACGUUCCGGCGAUGGAGGAGAAGGCUCUGUCCGUGAAGUCACGUUGGUUUCCGAUCUGCCGGCGAGUUUCAGCCUAGAAAGGUUAGAUGAACUUGACGAUGAGUCUCAUGUGAUGGUGAUUAGCAUUAUUGGUGGUGACCAUCGUUUGAUUAAUUACCGGUCGGAAACGACUGCGUUUGUGGCGGUCGAGGAGGAGGAGAAAACGGUGGUGGUGGAGAGCUAUGUGGUCGACGUGCCGGAAGGAAAUACUAAGGAGGAAACGAUGUUGUUUGCUGAUACUAUCGUUGGGUGUAAUCUUAGGUCAUUGGCUAAGUUAUCGGAGAAGAUGGUGCAUGGUUCACUUUUAGAGUUUUAACUUUGAAGGAUUCAAAACUCAUGAGUUUUAUUUCAUGAGGUUUUCUAUAGUAACUAGCA